AUGGGUCUGGAUGACCUCGGCUCAUCCAGUGGAAUGGUGGAAUGGGUCUGGAUGAUGGACGAGGUCAUCCAUCUGAAGAGAUGCAAGGUUUUCAACAGACAGCAGUGUUGCGAGCUGCAGGACAAGUUCAGGUGGCUGCAACCAACCUGCAAAGUGUGUGGACCACUCCUUGCAGCCCUGCAACAUGGCGUCCAGAAGUGUUUUGGGGAUGUCAUUAAGGACCCAGAGCUUAUUGCCGCCGCCAUUCUCCUGCCAAAGUUCAGGGCAUACUGGACAACAGAGGAGAGCAUCUUAAAAGCCGAGCUUGACAACAUCAAAGGUCACCUCACCAUCAGCAUGGAUGACGAUGCUCCCUUAAACGACAGCCCAUCUGAUGAGUUGGACUUCUUCUCCAUGGAGACAGGAACCCCAGAGGUUGGAGAGCUUGAGAAGUACCUUGCACGUCCAGUCACAGCAGAGCGGAAGUGUGUCAUCGAGUCAGAGCUUGGCGGCGCGUGGAGGCUAGGAGACGCUACACGUCAGUGCACAAUUGAGGGAGUUCUGGAGGGUGUUCCACACAUGGUGAUGGUCCUGGACGACAUCCUGCUGACGGGCUACAAUGACCAGGAGCAUCUAGAGAUGCUGGAUGUGGUGUUGCAGCAGCUGCAGAGGGCUGGGCUGCGAUUCAAGAGAAGCAAGUGCACCUUCAUGGGAAGGGAAGUGGUGUUCCUGGGACACAAAGUGGACUACACCAGCCUGCAUACCAUAUCUGAAAAGAAAGCAGUGCUGCAAGGCUCAGGUGAUUACGACUGCCGGCUGAGGUAUGUCAACCUGGAAGUCAAGGAAAACCACACUUCCCAUGAGACACUGGGGCUCAGCAGCCCACACCUGGUGGUACGACGCGGGAAACCAUUCAAACUCACUCUGUUGUUUCGCAGCCGAGUUUGGAAUCCAUAUCAUGAGAACUUGGACUUCGAGGUUUGGCUAGGGGGUAUGUCAGAGAGGAUCCCGGUCCAUUUCUCCAAGUCAAUGUUGGACUCCUCAAGGUGGACAGCCCAGAUCUUCCCAGGAGACAUGCAUUCACAGUCUGUCACCGUCCACCUCUGUUCCCCUGUGCUCUCCUCCGUGGGUCUCUAUUACCUGCUGGUCCACAUAGAGGGUCCACAGAGCAAACGGAGCUACACGGUGGGCCGCUUUGUGCUGCUCUGCAACCCUUGGCUGAAGGAUGACCCGGUAUACAUGCCUCUAGAUGUUCAACUAGAGGAAUACGUCAAGAGCGACAUUGGGUUGGUGUACAUGGGCACAUAUCUGAACGUCAGUCAGCAGCCUUGGUCGUUCGGACAGUAUGAACCGGGGGUGCUGGAGGCAUGCCUAAACCUCCUACAGGUCAGCCCACAGCACCUCAGAGACCAGGACAGAGACUACAUUCGACGAGCAGACCCUGUCUACCUCAGUAGGGUGCUCUGCGCAAUGGUGAACUGUAAUGAUGAUCUUGGGGUUGUGGCGGGGAAGUGGAGCGGGAGCUACAGAGAUGGCACCAGACCCACUGAGUGGAGCAGCAGCGCAGCAAUCCUCAACCAGUGGGCCUCGUCUAACUUCAGCCCCGUCCGCUACGGGCAAUGCUGGGUAUUCGCCUCAGUUUUAUGCACAGUAAUGAGAGCGCUGGGGAUCCCGUCAAGGGUGGUGACAGUUUUCAACGCAGCCCAUGACACCAACGGGAACCUGAAAAUCGAAGAGAUUUACUCCACCAGAGGAGAAAAACUCGAGAAACCGGACCUGUCAAAGGACAGCAUUUGGAACUUCCAUGUGUGGGUGGAGUGCUGGAUGAGGAGAGCAGAUCUUGGUCCCGGGUUCGACGGCUGGCAGGUAGUGGACCCCACUCCUCAGGAAAAGAGUGCAGGGGUAUUUUGCUGCGGCCCUUGCCCGGUGGUAGCCCUCCAGAGAAACUUCCUCAGCCUCCCAUACGACACCUGGUUCAUCUAUGCUUCCAUCGACGCCGACGUCGUCCGGCUGAUUGUCCGUGAUGGGCUGGUGGUAGGAAGGACUGUGGACACCGAGUGUGUGGGGAAGCUGAUUUACACGAAAAGUGUUGGGUCGGAUAAACCCGAGAACCUGACACAGGCUUACAAGGGCACUCAGCAGGCUCCCGCCACAACCGCAGUUGUGCCGCAGCAUGCGACGUGCAGAGCUCAGUAUUCUUCAAUGGGAGCUAACUCACGUCAUAACAUUUCCUCCAUCUCCUCGCCAGGUGAAACAAUGCUCCCCAACCUGGGGGUGUCUCUGAAGAUAGAGAGGCCUCCGUCGGCAGGGGAGAACAUCUGUCUGUGGGUGACUGUCACCAACCAGGCCAGCUGCCACAGGGUCCUGAUGGAGCACCUCAACGCUCAGCGCAAAGAGUACAACAGCAGCGCCAGGGAGCCGUUCUGGAAGACGCACCAAGAGCUGCACAUGCGACCGGGUGAAGUUUUGACGCUGCACCACACCAUCUCUCCCUCGGACUAUCAGCCUGUCCUGGCAGAUGGGGAAAUAGUGAACGUGGCAGUGGUCCUAAAGGAUGUGAGGACGCAGGAGAGAGUUCUGGCUACUGAGGAGUUCAACAUCAGCCCACCCCAAAUCAGCAUGGAGGUCCAAGGAGGGGACAGCAUCCAGGUGGGGAAGGAGCACACAGUCCAUGUGUCCUUCACCAACAUGUUUCCUGGGGCUCUGCAGGGCGUCGUGCUGACUCUGGAGGGAUAUGGCUUGUUAAAGGCCAGAGACCAGACCAGGGUUCUGCUGUUGCAACCAGGCCAGACUAUAAAGAAGGACGUCUCCAUCACAGCUCCGUCCCCGGGUACUAAAUUACUCAUAGCCAGUCUCUUCCGUAACAGCUGCCCUGCCGCCAUCACGAGGAGCUUUCACAGAGUCUCUGCCAUGGCCACAUGAAGACUUACACAAACAGAGCCCAAACAGGCAGCCACACCAGCAUCAACACAUGAACUGAACUCUUUAUUUUUUUUUUUAAUGCUGUUGUUCAGGUCAGACAUUGAUAAACUCUGACAGAAGUCUCAGUUUUUACUUUGAAAUUUUACCUAUCCAACACUUUCAAUGCAACAUCCAUCGCAAAGUACCGCGUUUG